UUCUUCAGAAAAACUUGUAGAUUUAAAAACAAAAACGCCUGCAGGGACUCCAUUGCUCAGCAAUCAGGCAAGUAAGGAAUCAUUACCCACAGUAAAGCCAGAAUCCUCCACCACAUCAGACUCAACAGUUACGGUGAAGGGUACGGAUCAGAUUUCAGAAGAAAAGCUUGCUGUGUUACAGGGACCAAGUACGGUCAAUGCUGGAGAGGACGGGAAAAAAGCCGUUACGGAAAUAAAACCAAAUACGACCACCAAUACGCCAGACGCAGCACCGACACUGCCCUCAGAGGGUGAUGUGACAGAGCAACACGGUAAGGACACAGACUCAUCGAAUUUCAUGAAUAAUGCAAAUACAGGCAGUUCGGCGGAAACAACAGCAUCAUCAUUCUCCAAAAGUGGCGGUAUUGACGCCCCGAAAAAUGAGAGUGAGGAUGAGGGCGAUGCUCAACGGCCUAAGAGCAAAGAACCACAAGAAAAACCCGAAGACAGUAAUACCAACGAUGCUCCUACAGAAAAUGAAACUGCACCACAAACAGAGAAACCAUUCGGCUCCGCUCAAACGAAUGAUACAUCUAAGUCUGGCGACAGUGACGGCAGCACCGCGGUCUCCCACACCGCCUCCCCUCUUUUGCUUCUUCUUGUUGUUGUGGCUGCUGCUGCUGCUGCGGUGGUGGCCGCGUGA